AUAUAUAUAUGUAUGUAUGUUAGAAGGGAAAGGUAGAGAAGGUUUGUUGUUUGUUGGUGAAUUUUAGAGGCGAGAAGAGCAGCAGAGCGUGGGAAGAAUAUGAAAAACAAAAAGCGAGUGAAGGUGAAACCUUGAAUUUGGAAUCCAUAUUUUGACCCCAAUUCCUUCCCCCACAGUUCUCUAUCGGCGAGUGAGUUUCAAACCCUAAUUUCCCAAUCGAAGAACCACUCGCGCAAUCCCUCCACUCGCUCUUUCUUCGUUCUCUGCCCGCCUGCCUUCUUCACCUUCUUCCCUCCUCGGAUCAUUCCCAUGAAAAACAUAAACAUUCUUCUUCUUCUUCAGGAUUACGAAAAUGACCAACAGGGGAAUUCAGUCAAAGCAACGUUUUGUAAAUUAUGCUAUGAUGAAAAGGAAUGAAUCAUGCGGCAGCAUCUAGGUGAAAUGUGAAGACUGUACCUUUUUUGUGCUGAAAAAAUGGUUGACGUUGUGGCUGAAAUGCAAGAUACAGAAGGUGCGAUUGUUAGUUUACCUAAAAAGGACAUCCUUUUUGAAGGGGAUGUAGAUUUUGAGCCACACACUGGAAUUGAAUUCGAAUCCCAUGAAGCCGCAUACACAUUUUAUCAAGAAUAUGCCAAAUCAAUGGGAUUCACCACCUCAAUCAAGAAUAGUCGACGCUCAAAGAAAUCAAAAGAAUUUAUUGAUGCAAAGUUUGCUUGUUCAAGAUAUGGAGUCACUCCUGAAUCUGAGAGUGGAAAUAGCCGAAGGCCAAGUGUGAAAAAGACUGACUGUAAAGCCAGCAUGCAUGUGAAGAGAAGGCCAGAUGGAAGAUGGAUUAUUCAUGAAUUCAUAAAAGAUCAUAAUCAUGAGCUUUUACCUGCUCUUGCAUAUCAUUUUCGUAUUCAUAGGAAUGUAAAGCUGGCAGAGAAGAAUAACAUUGACAUUUUGCAUGCUGUUAGUGAAAGAACGCGAAGGAUGUAUGUUGAGAUGUCGAAACAAUGUGGUGGGUACAGAAAUUUCAGUUUCCCUCAGAUCGAAUCGACUUAUCAGUUUGACAAAGGCCGGUAUUUAGCUCUUGAUGAGGGGGAUGCCCAAAUAUUGCUUGAAUACUUUAAACGCAUCCAAAAGGAGAAUUCCUACUUUUUCUAUGCUAUAGACUUGAAUGAAGAGCAGCGCUUGAGAAACUUGUUUUGGGUUGAUGCCAAAAGUAGAAAUGACUACCCUAGUUUCUCUGAUGUUGUUUCUUUUGAUAUCUCAUACAUUAAAACCAAUGAUAAACUUCCCUUUGCUCCUUUUGUUGGGGCAAAUCAUCAUGCACAGCCAAUGGUGCUUGGUUGUGCACUGGCUGCAGAUUGGACUAAACCAACAUUUGCAUGGUUGCUGAAGACAUGGCUUAGAGCAAUGGGUGGGAAAGCUCCCAAAGUUAUUAUUACCGAUCAAGACAAAGCCUUGAAAUUAGCAAUUGAAGAAGUGUUCCCAAAUACCCGCCAUUGCUUUGCUCUUUGGCAUAUAUUCGAAAAGAUACCUGAAACUCUUGCUCAUGUAAUCAAACGACAUGAAAACUUCUUGGCAAAAUUUAAUAAGUGCAUUUUUAAGUCGUGGUCAGACGAGCAGUUUGAUAUGAGAUGGUGGAAGAUGGUUACUAGAUUUGAACUUCAAGAUGAUGAAUGGAUUCAAUCAUUAUAUGAUGAUCGUAGAAAAUGGGUGCCAACUUAUAUGGAGGAUAUCUUCUUGGCUGGAAUGUCAACUGCUCAACGUUCUGAUAGUAUGAAUGCUUUCUUUGACAAAUACAUUCACAAGAAAAUUACGCUGAAAGAGUUUUUGAGACAGUAUGGAAUCAUUCUGCAAAACAGGUAUGAAGAGGAAGUAAUAGCAGAUUUUGAUACAUUGCAUAAACAGCCAGCCUUAAAAUCUCCUUCUCCCUGGGAGAAACAAAUGUCUACAAUUUACACACACACAAUAUUUAAGAAAUUCCAAGUUGAGGUUUUGGGUGUAGUUGGUUGUCGUAUGAGAAAAGAAAUUGAAGAUGGUACCGUUACUACAUUCAGAGUCCAAGACUGUGAGAAAGAUGAGCAUUUUCUAGUAAGGUGGCAUAAAUUGAACUCUGAAGUGUCUUGUUUCUGCCGUUUGUUUGAAUAUAAAGGUUUUCUUUGUAGACACGCAUUGAUCGUGUUACAAAUGCUUGAUUUUCGGAGCAUCCCUUCUCAAUAUAUUUUAAAGAGGUGGACAAAAGAUGCAAAGAGUAGGCAACUAGUUACUGAAGAAACAGAAUUUAGACAGAAUAGAGUGCAACGUUACAAUGAUUUAUGUAAAAAGGCAAUUGAAUUGAGUGAAGAAGGAUCACAUUCUGAGGAGUGUUAUAAUAUUGCCAUCCGCACAUUAGUAGAAGCUCUAAAGAACUGUGUUAAUAUUAACAACUCCAAAAGUGCUCCAGCAGAAUCUAGCGUUCAUGCCCAUGGUCUACGUGAGGAAGAGGAAAAUCAAGGAAGCAUAACUACUAAAGCAAACAAGAAGAAGAGUACAAACAGAAAACGAAAGGUACAAACUGAAACAGAUAUGAUACUUGUUGAAGCACAAGACAACUUGCAGCCAAUGGAUGGUCUAACCUCGGAUAGUAUGAACCUGAGUGGAUAUUAUGGAACCCAACAGAAUGUUCAAGGAUUGGUACAGUUGAACUUGAUGGAACCACCCCAUGAUGCGUCGUACUACGUCAGCCAACAAAGCAUUCAAGGGCUGGGACAGUUAAAUACAAUUGCAGCCAAUCAUGAUGGAUUUUUCGGGGUGCAGCAUAAUAGCAUUCAUACACUGGUGGAUUAUCGGCCAACGAAUAGUUAUAGCUAUAGUUUACAGGAGGAGCAACAUUUGAGAUCUGCGCAGCUUCACGGCAGUACUUCAAGACAUACUUGAAGAAACAGGCAGCUUUCCAUGAUCAGAUAUAGAAAAACAGUUCCCAUGAAAGAGGUAGAGAAACAAUUUGAGCUGUAUAGCUGUAGCAGAAACCUGUUGUAACUUGUAAGAAGCAGGAAGUAUGUUGUAACUUGUAAUAAGGCAAGUUCUGCUUGUGUAUAUCACAUUUUACUUGUUAAAGCAAUAUCGAUACUAGUCUCACAAAAGUGAUUCUGUUUUGAAA